UUGAAAUCCACAAAGCACUCUAACCAUCUCUAUAUCAUCAAAAUGGCAAUGGGAGGUAGGGGAGCUUCCCUCUGUUUCAUCAUCUCCUUCCUCUUCUUCUUAGUUUGUGUCAAUGGAAACCCAAAUUACAGGGAUGCAUUGGCCAAGUCUAUACUGUUUUUUGAGGGCCAAAGGUCAGGGAGGCUCCCCAGAGACCAAGAGAUCACUUGGAGGUCCAGUUCUGGUCUAUCUGAUGGCUUACUAGCCCAUGUGGAUCUCACUGGAGGUUAUUAUGAUGCUGGUGACAAUGUCAAGUUCAACUUCCCCAUGGCCUACACUACCACAAUGUUGUCAUGGAGCACACUUGAGUAUGGCAAACGCAUGGGCUCGGAGCUCCCAAAUGCUAGAGCUGCCAUUAGAUGGGCUACAGAUUACCUUCUAAAGUGUGCCACGGCUACUCCUGGGAAGCUCUAUGUGGGGGUUGGUGACCCAAAUGCUGAUCACAAGUGCUGGGAAAGGCCUGAGGAUAUGGACACUGUUCGCGCUGUGUAUUCUGUUUCGGCUAGUAAUCCUGGCUCAGAUGUCGCCGGGGAGACUGCGGCGGCACUUGCGGCGGCAUCGAUGGUUUUCCGGAAGGUUGAUCCUACUUACUCGAAGCUGCUUUUGAGGACUGCUAAGAAGGUAAUGCAGUUUGCAGUACAGUAUCGAGGAUCAUAUAGUGACUCACUCGGCUCGGCUGUCUGCCCUUUCUAUUGCUCAUACUCUGGCUACAAGGAUGAGUUGCUUUGGGGUGCUACAUGGCUUCUAAGGGCCACAAAUGAUGUUACUUACUUGAGUUUACUUAAAUCCUUGGGAGCUGGUGAUUCAACUGAUAUAUUUAGCUGGGAUAACAAAUAUGCUGGUGCUUAUGUUCUUCUUGGAAGGAUGCAUCUGUUGAGCAAGGUAACAACCUAUGACUCAUAUAGGCAAGAAGCUGAAGAUUUCAUGUGCAAAAUUCUACCAAAUUCUCCCUCUACAAGUACACAAUACACAUCAGGAGGUCUAAUGUUCAAGCUAAGUGACAGUAAUCUCCAAUAUGUGACAUCCAUAUCCUUCUUGCUUACUACAUAUUCAAAAUACAUGGCAGCUACUAGACACACUUUCAUGUGUGGCAACAUCUUGGUCACCCCAGGCACCUUGAGAAGCCUAGCAAAGAGACAGGUGGACUACAUUCUUGGAGAGAACCCCAUGAAAAUGUCUUAUAUGGUUGGCUUUGGAGGAGACUACCCAAGGAAAAUUCACCACAGAGGUUCUUCUUUGCCAUCAUUGGCAAGUCACCCACAGAGCAUCGGCUGCGAUGGUGGUUUUCAACCAUAUUACUAUUCAUCAAACGCUAACCCUAAUAUCUUAGCCGGCGCCAUCGUGGGAGGCCCAAAUCAGAAUGACUUCUACUCCGAUGAUCGCACUGACUACAGCCAUUCAGAACCAGCCACAUACAUCACUGCUGCCCUAGUUGGACCCCUGGCAUACUUGGCAGGGAGCUUCAGUUAAUGAUGGAGGGGUUGCCUUGGUGAUCCAUAGUUUAUUUUCUUUUACCUUUCAUCUCUGUUUCAAUCACAGCUAAGUUGUGCUUGUGCCACCCUCUUAAGAGAGGUUUGGAUUCUGAAAUUAAAAUGUAGAACUGAGUCUAUGUGCACUCUCCAAGAAAAGAUGGAAGUGGUGUAUUUGAAUUAUUAAUAUAUGUAUCUUGUUUGGUGAACUCAAGAAGAAAAUAUUAAGAUCCCUCUUCAAUGUCCA